UUUGCAUUCAACUACGUCAACAAUUCAAUAGUUCGUGGCAUCACUAGCAAGGAUAGCAAACAAUUUCAUGUUAAUGUUUUGGGAUGCAAAAAUUUCACAUUUGAUGGAUUUAAAGUAACUGCUCCAGAAAAUAGUGCCAACACCGAUGGCAUCCAUAUUGGAAGAUCAACAGGUGUGAAUGUUCUUAAUACAGACAUUGGCACCGGAGAUGAUUGUGUUUCACUAGGUGAUGGUAGUAAACAGGUUCUUGUCCAAAAUGUGAAAUGUGGACCUGGGCAUGGUAUUAGUAUUGGAAGCCUUGGAAAAUACAAGGAAGAAGAGCCCGUUGAUGGUAUUACAAUUAAAAGUUGUAGUAUAAAAGGAACUCAAAAUGGAGUGAGGAUUAAGACUUGGCCUAGUCAGCCAGGAACAAUAACAGUUACUAACAUGAGAUUUGAGGAUAUUACCAUGGAUAAUGUUUCGAACCCUGUCAUCAUAGACCAAGAGUAUUGUCCAUGGAACCAAUGUACCAAACAGUAUCCAUCAAAAAUAAAGAUAAGCAAUGUUAUCAUUAAGAAUAUUAAGGGAACUUCAGCAACUAAAGAAGGAAUUAUUCUUGCUUGUAGCAGUGGUGUACCAUGUGAGGGUGUAGAGAUGUCUAAUGUUGAUCUAAAGUUCAAUGGAGCUCCGGCAAUAGCUGUAUGCAGUAAUGUGAAACCAAAAAUAACAGGAAAGGUUCCUCCCUGCACAGCUCCGAGUAAUAAAAAACAGUAA